AUGCAAUGUGUGGUCACGCUGUGCAAAAGCAAAAAGCAAAAGUAUUUGCGUUGAAAUUUCAGCCGGACGUGUUGCGGGAGCGCGUCAAUUGAACCGAAUCUCACUGAAAUAAAUACCGUGCGUCUGCGUCGUUUGUAGCAAUAAUAUUGAAAAGGCUAACCGGACUGUUGAACGGGACUCCACAAAAGCACGAGGAACGAGGAAAGACGACAGUCGCAAAGCAAAUAAAACGUUGGUCAUUCAGCAGCGCAGAGGAGCUUCAUUACAAAGAGAGAGAUUGAGUGUGUGUGGGUGCGUGUGUGUGUGUGGCGAGUGUGCGUGCGUGUGUGUGUGUGUGUGCGGCGACAGAGCUUUGACUUGAUCGAUAGUCAAAGUCAAGCAAAAUGUCUUCGCCAUUAGCACAGAACAACAACAACAGCAGCAGCAACAGCAGCCAAUCGCAGUCGCAGUCAACAGCAGCAGCGGCAGCGCAGCAGCAGCAAAAUCAAAAGCCAAAUUCUGCAGGCAGCGGCGUUAAUAACACACACGAUAAGAAUGCUGGCGGUGGCGGAGGCGGAGGCACAACAACGGGGACAUCAUCAGGGGCAGGGUCAGCGACUGCAACUGGAGGCGGAGGCGGAGGAGGUGGUGGUGGAGGAGGUGGGGCCGGACCACAGAGCCCAACAAAGCGCAGCACAAUAUCGACAAAGGAGCGUGUGAUCGACAGCGUACCGUUUCCACCCAGCCGCAAGUUGACGUGCUCCGAUGUGUUCGAUGCACGCACCGGGAAACCGCAUCACGAUGUACUUAAACAGCACUUCAUACUCGAGGGUCGCAUCGAGGAGAGCGCCGCGCUGCGUAUCAUCCAGGAGGGGGCUACGCUGUUGCGACAGGAGAAGACAAUGAUCGAUAUUGAGGCACCGGUGACGGUCUGUGGCGACAUCCACGGCCAGUUCUAUGAUCUGAUGAAACUGUUUGAGAUCGGCGGAUCGCCGGCAACGACAAAAUAUCUGUUCCUUGGCGAUUAUGUGGAUCGGGGCUAUUUCAGCAUUGAGUGCGUCCUCUAUCUGUGGUCGCUGAAAAUCACGUAUCCGCAGACGCUGUUCCUGCUGCGCGGCAACCACGAGUGCCGGCAUCUGACCGAGUACUUCACCUUCAAGCAGGAGUGCAAGAUCAAGUACUCGGAGCGCGUGUAUGAUGCGUGCAUGGACGCGUUCGAUUGCCUGCCGCUGGCGGCAUUAAUGAAUCAGCAGUUCCUCUGCGUGCACGGCGGCCUCUCGCCGGAGAUCCAUGAGCUGGAGGACAUCCGGCGGCUGGAUCGGUUCAAGGAGCCACCAGCCUUUGGCCCCAUGUGCGACCUGCUCUGGUCCGAUCCAUUGGAGGACUUUGGCAACGAGAAGAACUCCGAUUUCUACACGCACAACUCAGUGAGAGGCUGUUCGUAUUUCUACAGCUACGCCGCCUGCUGCGACUUCCUGCAGAACAACAAUCUGCUCUCGAUUAUACGGGCGCACGAGGCGCAGGACGCCGGCUACCGCAUGUACCGGAAGAGUCAGACCACCGGUUUCCCAUCGCUGAUCACCAUCUUCUCGGCGCCCAACUAUCUCGACGUCUACAACAACAAGGCGGCUGUGCUCAAGUACGAGAACAACGUGAUGAACAUCCGCCAAUUCAAUUGCUCGCCGCAUCCCUACUGGCUUCCCAACUUCAUGGACGUGUUCACCUGGUCGCUGCCCUUUGUCGGCGAGAAGGUCACCGAGAUGCUGGUCAAUGUGUUGAACAUCUGCUCCGACGACGAGCUCAUGACCGAGGAGAGCGAGGAGCCGCUCUCCGAUGAUGAGGCGGCGCUCCGCAAGGAGGUCAUACGCAACAAGAUCCGAGCCAUUGGCAAGAUGGCCCGUGUCUUCUCCGUGCUGCGCGAGGAGUCCGAGUCGGUGCUGCAGCUGAAGGGGCUGACGCCAACGGGCGCUUUGCCCCUCGGCGCUCUAUCGGGCGGCAAGCAGUCCCUCAAGAAUGCCAUGCAGGGCUUCUCGCCCAAUCACAAGAUUACCUCGUUUGCGGAGGCCAAGGGACUCGAUGCGGUCAACGAGCGGAUGCCGCCGCGUCGCGAUGCCACGCCUUCGCCGGCGGAGGAGGGACAAAAAUCGCUGUCGGCGGCGGCGGCAGCAGCCGCAAAUGCGAAUGCAAAUGCAAUCAAUGGAUAAUCACUCGAUGAACAACAAGAAGAAGAAGUGUUAACAGUCGAAGCAAAAGAAGAAGAAGAAGCAGUGCAGCAAGUGAAUGCAGUGCGGCAAGCAGUGCGGUCAUCAGCAUCAUCAUCAACAGUAGCAGUAGACAAGCAGUGCAGCCGCUGUAACUGCCGCAGCAGCAAAGCAGUUGCCAAGCAGCAGCAUCAGCAGCAAAGUCAGUUUUAGAAGUCGACAGUUAAGUAAAUACACACACACACACAACAACAGCAACAACAACAACAAAAUAAUAUACAUGGUACGGGAGUGCGUGCGAGUGGGAGCGAGAAAGCAAAUCAAAUAUUAAAUUGAGCAACACAGCAGCAACAAAGAGCAAAAGUUUUAAGCAGCGGCAAACAGCGCCAGCAUACACACACACACACACACACACAUGCAUACAGCAUCACACAUUCACAUUAACACACACCCACACACACACACACACACAUACAGAGCGUGUCAGGCACGCAGCCGCAAGCAAGAGCAAACGCAAAAUGUAAAAGCAAAAGCAAACGCAAAAGCAAACGCAAAAGCAAACGCAAAAUGCAAAGACAGCAGGAGAAAUUCGAGUUGAAUGAUAAAAGUUGAGAAAAUGGGAAGCGUUUAAUUUAUUGGUAUUAAAAACAAAAAGAGAACAAUUUAAAUAAAGAUGAACAAAAAACAAAACAAAACAAAGAAAAAACCUAAUUAUAAAAUGCAGUUAAACCAUAUAGAAUUAUAUACAUACAUAUAUAUAUUUAUAUAUACACACACGUAUAAAUACAUAUAUAUAUAUAUAUUAUACAAACAUAACGUAUAUAUAUCAUCAAAAUUUUGUGCAACGUUAUAUCAAAAAAAAAAAGAAGAAAAAGAAAAUGGAAAAUGAUGAAGCCAAGUUUACGCCGCUGCUGGCGUUGACGUCGCUGUCGCCGCGCAGUCGCAGCAAAUUAGGUAAAUUAAAUUAUUUGCUAAAAAAAAAACAAAUAAAA